AUGAAACCCUGUGGACGCACCCGGAUCAUCGCCUGCAGCGUGAGCUGUGCCACUGUGGCCAUGCUUUUUAUCGCGGAGGAGAAUCUAUACCUGGGGACCAUGUUCACGGUCAAGCUCAGCAUCCUCGCCACGUACAAUCUCAUCGUAUCGUCCCGAAUCUUUCGACGGUGCUCUUACCUUGUCGGGCUGACCACCUUGCUGUGGUGCAUAGCGGCACUCAUCGUCACAAAUGUCCAGUGCAAGCCGCUGCGCAAGCUCUGGGGCGCGCACUCGGACGGCGGUUGGUGUAUAGCCCAGAGACCCUUCCAUCUAGCGAUGACGGACGCCCAUAUUGUGGGAACCUUGACGACGUUAGGUCUGGCACUACCCGUCAUGCUUUGGCUGAACCUCUCCGAUCGGAAGAAGAGGCUGCUCAUGGUAGCCUUUGGCCUUGGAGGUAUUCAGGACACCUGUGCCAUUGGCAUCAUCCGAUUCGUGUACACCAUCUGCCAACCGGUCCGGUCCACGGAGGGUGCCACGCUGUUCAUCCUUAGCGUCCUUUCGACGAUCCAAGUCACACUUGGCCUCCUCUGCGCCUCGCUGCCGACCUACGUCUACUUCUUCUCCGGUUUCGACUGGCCAUUCCACGCAUCCGACAUGAGCGUCAAGAUCACAGGGGGCAAGACGCGCGGGCCGCGUAGGAGCGGCAUCGUCGUGAUGGACGAGGUCGCUAUGACGAGGCAUGAGAACGUCAAUGGCGCGUGGAGGAGGGUGCUGAACGAUGACGAGGAGGACGAGAAGGCAUUGAUGCCAAGCAGGCAGGCCAUCAGUGCUAGGGAAAGGAGACACGGUCAAGGGGAGUGCCGUCCACUCCAGUGGCUUGUCCACCGGCAGGUUUUCCCCCUGGGCCGUGACGAUAUUGCCACGAGCUAUGCCCCACCGCUCCCAUCGAUCGACCACUUCCUCAAAAGCGACCCUGGCUUGAAUUCAGCCAUGAGGCCAAUUGACGACGUUGAUUGGUGGCUGCCCGGCGACAAGCCGGUUUCGAGGAUAUAG